GGAAGGGGUCAGCGUGCCGGGAGCAGCUCCCCUCCCCGUGCCGGCCCGUCCCGGGGUCCUGGGAGAAAUGAGGUUCCAGAUCUGGGGGUGCUGGGCAGGGGUGACCGAUCUUGGGCUUCGAAUUCCCAAAGAUCUCAGCACUCUGGAGCCCCCUCCCCACUUCUGCCCCCUGAGACUCUCACACCCUCCCGGGGUGUCAGACACCCAACGCCCGGGCAGCGGCAUGGUGUGCCAGGAGAACCAAUUCCAGGAUGAGCGGGGUCAGUGUGUGGACUGCGGGCAGUGCGGCCCAGGUUGGGAACUGUCCAAGGAGUGCGGCUAUGGGGAGGGGGGCCCAUCCCCUUGUACGGCCUGCCCCCGCCGGAGAUUCAAGGCCACCCGGGGACACCACAGCUGCCGGGCCUGCACCUCCUGCGCGCUCUUCAACCGGGUCCAGACAUCCGGCUGCACGGGCACCGCCGACGCCGUCUGCGGGCACUGCCUGCCGGGGUUCUACAGCAAGACCCGGAUCGGAGGCCGGCAGGACCGGGAGUGCUUCCCCUGCACCCAGCGGACGCCGCCCUCGGAGGACCAGUGUCCCCUCCGGCCGGACGCGGGGCAGCCGCUCGGCCCCUCGGCGUCGCGGCGGGAAGCCGUGCUGGUCACCCUGGUGAGCUGCGCCCUGGCGGCCGUCGCCCUGGUGCUGGUCGCCCUGGCCUUCCUCCGCCUCCGACGCUUCCUCAAGAGCCACUGCCAGCGUGUCUUCAGGAGAUCCCAGGACUUCAUGGGUCAAACGGGCCCCUGUCCGACGUCCAGCUCAGGGGGCCGCUCCCCAGAUGAAGAGCCCCCGUCCGGCCCCCGGGGCUCGGAUACCAAGAGCUGGGGCCCGUGCGUCCGACCGGCCGGAGCCGGGGCCGGUGCGGUCGAGACUGCGGCGGACGACCCGGCCCCCGGCCUCCAGAUGCCCCCCGCGCCCGCCGGCUGCGAGCCGUGCCCGGCCUGCCCCACCCCGGGCCCGGGCCCCCGGCCACCCGCGGCUUCCCCGGACGCGCGGCCGACGGUCGGUUCGUCGGAGGGACGCUCCGGCUGGGCGCCGAGGUCCCUGUCCUCCGCCGGACGCCCCGGCGCCGGUCCUCCCUCCGCCCCCGCCUCCUGCGCCUCGGAGACCCGCGCCCGUUGGCCCCACGCUCCCGUCGAGUGCACGGAACUCGACCUACGCAGGUUGUCCGACGGCGGCGCCAGCGCGGGGGCCGGGCCGGCGGCCCCCUCCUGCCGCCUCCACGCCGGGAGACCCCCGCCGGCUCCCCGGCCCCCCACGAGCACAUUCAGUAUCUCUCAGGAGCCUGAGGAUGUCGGCUGCCAGAGGGUCACCUUCCGUAAAACGGCUCCGGGCGCAGGAGCUCCUGGAGCCGCUGGGCUCGGUGUGGGCGUGGGCCUGGGCUCCGGCUUGGGUUUGGUCUCGGCGCGGGCGCGGGUUUUAGCUUGGUCUGGGGAUCGGGCGUGA